AUGAAGCAAAGAAUGAAGAAUAUGCUUCCAAUCCUUCUGAUUGUCUUCUGUCAACAAGCCGUUAUGACACAAGCUUGGGGAACUUUGGGACAUGAAAUUGUGGGAAACCUUGCGUGGUAUCGUCUGAGUGAUCCAGCCAAGACGUGGGUCAAUGAAACUUUGCACGUCAAGACUGAGACUGCUGCGAACGGCAAUCCUAAAGACAUUGAUGAUCCUACCAUGACUCCUUUGGGAAAGGUCGCUGAUUGGGCCGAUGCAGUGCGUCAUUAUUUGGGUUGGUCAUCUCCCUUGCAUUUCAUUGAUGUCCGAGACGAUUUGAUUCCCGGUGGUUGUCUGGUUGCUUCGGACGACUGUAAAUUUAUAUACGAGCGGGAUUGUGUAAAUGACGUGUGUGUGGCCGGGGCCAUUUUGAAUUAUACCAAGCAAUUGUUAUCAUCCAAACCGAGUCCUAAUCAUCGUCAUCAUCAGGAGCUACUACCAUUAUUGAGAGGAGGAGGACUGAAAUCAUCUCGGCUUGAAAAAGGAUACAACUUGACGCAAGCGCUCAUGUUUUUGACUCAUUUCAUCGGCGACAUUCAUCAACCGCUGCACGCCUCCCGCACCACGGACAAGGGUGGUAAUGAUUUUCACGUUCACUUUAGCUUACCUGAUGAAGGCGAAAAUACGAAGUUGCAUCAUGAACAACCAGCUUAUUAUCAAAAUACGAACAAGCAUCAUCACAGUUGGAAUUUGCAUUCCGUCUGGGAUUCAGCCAUGAUUGAAGUCGUAUUGGGACGAAACUACAAUCAUUCACGACAUUUGAUGGAACAAGAUUUGUUUCAUACAUCGCUACUUUUUGACUCUGCAAGUAGUAGUCAAGACUCCAAUGAUGCCUCUACUUGCAACAUUGGGAUCAACGCCACCUGUGUCAUUGCCUGGGGCAAAGAGAGCUUUGAUUUGGCCCUCCAGUAUGCCUAUGUGGAGAGUGACAAUGUGACCCAAGUUUCGACUGGAUCCACUUUGGAUGAACUGUAUUAUGAAUCAAGAUUGCCCAUUAUCAAGCAACAGUUGAUUCUGGGAGGAAUGCGACUGGCGGAAACGAUUGAAGCCAUUGUUGCGAAUCAGAAGGCACCUUCCAAGAUUUUGGAGGUGCGAAAGGCACUUGGGUUAGCCACUCUUCGAUGA